AUGUGGUGCAGACAACGGUCACUCUGGGAUCGGGAAUGGAACAGUAUUGUCUUUAGUGACGAGUCUCGAUUUUGUUUAGGCAUGCACGAUGGUCGUGCCAGGGUUAGAAGGCGACGUGGUGAAAGGAGGAAUCCACAGUUUUUUGUUGAAAGACAUGUUCAUCACAUUGUUGGAGUUAUGGUUUGGGGUGCUAUAGCUUAUGGUUCCAGGUCACCUUUAAUCUUCAUCAGAGAUAACAUGAACGCGCAGCGUUAUAUCCACGAAGUUCUAGAACCCCAUCUUUUACCCUAUCUUGACACCCUGGCAGAUCCAACUUUCCAACAAGAUAAUGUCCGACCACAUGUUGCAAGAGUCACAAUAGACUUCUUUCAACAUAAUGAUGUCACACUGUUACCAUGGCCACCAAGAUCUCCCGACUUAUCCCCAAUUGAGCACGUGUGGGAUAUGAUGGGUAGGAGAUUGCUCAAUUUGCAACGUCCUCCUCAGACUCUAGAAGCACUUCGAGAGCAGUUGGUGGUUGCCUGGAAUGAGAUACCACAAGAGGACAUUGACCACCUGAUCAGAAGCAUGCCUAGGCGCGUUGGAGGAAAAAUGGAACUCAACCGAGAACAUUUUCGCGCCAUAAUUUAUUACAACUUUCAGAAACAAUUAUCGCAACUAGAAUGCCUUGCUGAGUUACUGUCUGUUUUCGGCAACGAAGCGACACAUCAGUCGACAGUUUCCCAUUGGUAUGGAGAAUUCAAACGUGGACGGGUGAGGAUGACUGACGAUACGGGCCUUAGCGACGAUCCCAGGGUGGGUGCACCAAAAACGGCAGUCACCCAGGAAAACGACGAUGCUGUGCGCAAACUCAUCAUUGAAAAUAGACAUGUGACAUAUCGCGAGAUUGAGGCAUCCUUGAAGAUCUCAAAGACAAAAGUCAUCCCGGGGCAUAUUGCAACAAUUCCUCUUAAUGAGCAAAAAACUGUUACUGCGGAUCGGUAUACCACCAUUUGUUUGCCAAAAGUCAUCACCGAGCUUCGAAAAAACAAUCCCGAAAGAAGAAUCAUCCUCCACCAAUACAAUGCAAGCUCGCACACAGCCCAAAAAACAAGGCAGUAUUUAACGGAAGAAAACGUGGAAUUAUUGGACCAUCCUCCAUAUAGUCCCGAUAUAAGUCCUAACGAUUUCUUUACUUUCCUGAAAAUUAAAACCAGACUGCGUGGUCAAAGGUUCCAGUCACCAGAAGAAGCAGUUGACGCAUUCAAAAAUGCCGUAGAUCUUCUCGGUGAUUUCAAUGCCCAUAAUGAGCUUUGGUUGGGCUCAAACAAGACCGUUGCAGCAGGACGUGCAGUCGAAGCGUUCGCUCUUACUCAAGGGCUGACCCAGCUGGUGACUAGCCCUACUUUCUUCCCCCGUGCCUCGUCACACGCCAGUAGCUUGUUGGAUCUCUUUCUGACCACGCAUCCUGUCUCUUACAGCACUGCUAUGCUGUCCCCCCUGAGUAACUCAGACCACGGUGUUGUGGAGGUUAGGUUUCGUGAUAUCUGUUUCUCUGACGCGGAUGCGUCGGCUGUCUGCUCUUCGAUAACCGAAAUUAUCCACGUCAUAAUGGAGGAAUAUAUCCCUCACACAGUGAAAGUGCCUAAACCAGAGUCCAACGGCUGCAGAAGAUCAAAACACAGAACCUUCUUACAAAACCCCACUGUAGAGAACAGACAAGCCGUCUACGAUAUAAAAGUUAAGCACAGGAUAAUAUCGCAGCGCAAUGGCAGUCGGUCUUUCUGGACGCUGGCCAACCAAAUUGAAAAGAAUUUCUCACACAGUGGCCUUCGACCACUUACGUGCCAGGAUGGAACGAUUGUAUUCGAUACAAAGGCCAAGGCGGAAGUGCUAUCAAUUCAAAGGGUUCCUUACACUAUGCGGGAGACGCUCGAUAUCAACAAAGCUUCUGGUCCGGACAUGAUUCCUGCCAGUGUACUGAAGAGGUGUGCAGCGGAGCUUGCUCCAGUUCUUUCGCAUCUCUUCCAGAUAUCUUAUGAAUCCAGCACCUUCCCAGAAAACUGGAAAUUUGCUCAUGUCCAACCCAUGCUAAAAAAAGGAUCUAAGACCGACCCUUACAACUACAGGCCUAUAGCUCUGCUUUCUGUUAUAAGUAAGCGUUCGAUCAGCUGGUGGCACGCUGCCCUCUUAACCAAACUUCCAUCCUAUGGCCUCCCAGAAAAUCUUUGCAGAUGGGUGGCUGACUUUAUCUCUAGCUGCAAGAUAUCCGUCGUAAUUGACGGGUUCUCCUCUUCAUCACGCAACGUCAACGCGGGUGUUCCCCAGGGAUCGGUCUUGGCUCCGACACUAAUCCUCUUACAUAUCAAUGACCUGCUUUCCUGCACGAUCAACCCAAUCCACAGCUUCGCUGAUCCCUGCCGCUGA